GCUGACGUUUUUAAUCCAAAGCAUACCAAACUUCAAUGUUUGCUCCGUAACGAUAGUUCAGCUCUGAAUAAAAAAAAAUUGUAAAAUCAUGGACGGAAUUGAGAUAAAACAAGAAAUUAAAGAAGAAAUUCAAGACGAUUAUUACCAUACUCGCGAAAAUGAAGAAGAUUUCAAUGAAUCAAUGCUGUUGGAAGUGAUUAAAUAUGAAGACGAUGACGAGGAUUUCGAUAAAUAUGAAGAGCAACGCUAUCAAGACGAACGUUCAAGCCAUUUCAAAGUGUAUUGUGCAGAGAAUCCAGAAAAAGUUUUUGUCAAUGGAGAGCCCGAAAUAUAUAUUCCCACCGUUCAGCCAACAAAUUACAAGGAAAGCAAUUCAGAUCCACUAUACAUUACACCUGAACCAACAAUCACAACAACCAGCGCUUCGAUAGCUCCUGUCAUACACAAUACACAAUUACCCACCGCAAAACGUGAAGAAUUCAAAAAGUUUCGAGUGGUUCGUGCCGUAAAAGAUAUGAAGAGCGAUUUAAAUCUAAAAGUAAAAGUUCCGCCCGUAAAGGAUCUGGUUCAGAAGACAUAUUCGAAGAAACACAAGGAAUUGCAACACCCGUGCACAAUCUGCAGAAGAAUCUUCUCGUCUGUCCGUCUAUUACGUGAACACGAACGCAGUUGUUUCAAAUGUAAACAAUGCAAUCUAAUAGUAGCAAGCAUGUCCCAUUUGGUAAAUCACAUGAAAAAGUGCCGUCGAAAACGGAAGGAUGUACUUGCAAAUGCAUCGUCAAAACAACAUCCCAGAAACAGCCAUGUGCCGGACAGAUCUUGUAAUAUCUGCUCCUCAACAUUCCAAUCGGUAUUCGAGUUGGAAGAGCAUCAGCGACGAAAUCACUUGACACCAAAUGCAUACGCUUGCCACAUCUGCGAUAAAAAAUUCGAUUCCGAAUCCCAAGCUCAUAUUCACAUCUCCUCAUCUCAUUGAUAGAAGUACAUUUUAAUUCUGAUUAUUAUUUUAAACGAUAUUGUAAGAUGAAUGAUUUCCUAUUAAAACUUUGUCA